AGCGCGCUGGGUGGGCUGUAGGCGAGCUCUCUAAACGCUUGAUUUAAGGAUUGGGUGUCUUCAAUUGUGCCUGAAAAUCACACUCGAGAAACCGUGAUCCAAAUUUAAGGUUCUGGCGGAGGCUGUUUUUUUUUACACUGACUAGGAAUUAAAGUUGUAGGACCCCUCAAUGGCGGCUUCCAGUAAAAUCAGGCUUCAGACAAUGAGGACUCUGUGUUUUUUGGUAACUCUGGUGCAGCUUCGGUACGCGUACUCUUCGCCGAAAGGAGUUACUACCAGUCUGAAGGCAAAGUGGCCCGUGUCCCCUCUUUUACUAGAGACGAGUGAAUUCAUUGGUGAAGGUAGUGAUGAAAAGUUUUGGCAGUUUGUUGAUACUGUGAAGGAGUUAUCAGUGUACAAAAAUGGAGAAUCUGUCCGAUCGUAUUAUAACCUCAUCCUUAAAAAGGCUGGUCAAUUCCUGACUGAUCUUCAGGUCAGUCUGCUGAAGUUUGCCCUGUCCCUCAGAGCAUACUCGCCUGCGGUGCAUGCCUUCCAACAAGUGGCCAGUGAUGAGCCUCCACCUGAGGCGUGCUUGGCAUUUGUGGCUGUGCAUGGCCAGCACGCCUGCAGCACCAAGGACAUGAAGAGGCUCCUGAAGACAGCUGCAGGCAGACCAAGGCCGUACCUGUAUAAGAACGAUCACAGGUACCCAGGAGUCAAUGGCACUGAUCUUCCUGUAGCCAUUCUCUAUGCUGAGAUCGGCACCAAAACGUUCAACACAUUCCAUAAGGUUCUGUCCGAGAGGGCAGAAGAAGGCAAGAUAAUCUACGUGCUACGUCACUUUGUUGCUGAGCCGAGACGAGAGUCCAUGCUUCUGUCUGGAUAUGGGGUGGAACUGGCCAUUAAAAGCACUGAGUACAAAGCUGUGGAUGACACGCAAGUAAAAGAUUCAAAAUCAGCAACAACCUCUGAGGAUGAUGACACAGAUGAGGUCCAAGGGUUUUUGUUUGGGAAAUUAAAGGAGUCUCACCCUGAGCUGCAGGAGCAGUUGAGGGACUUGAAGAAACAUCUCCUGGAGGGCUCCAAUGACAUGGCCCCUCUCAAAGUGUGGGAACUGCAAGAUCUGAGUUACCAGGCAGCAGCUCGGAUCAUGUCGGUGCCAAAGUUUGACUCCCUCAAACUAAUGCAAGAUCUUAGCCAAAAUUUCCCCAGCAAAGCAAGAUCACUGACGAGAGUGGCUGUAAACCAAGAAAUGAGAAAAGAGAUUGAGGAGAACCAAAAGAGACUGAGUGAGACAAUGGGAAUCCACCCUGGAGAUUCCAGCCUCUUCAUUAAUGGAAUGCACAUUGAUCUGGAUGUUCACAACCCCUUCAGUAUACUAGACAUCAUCCGUGGAGAGGCUAAGAUCCUGGAGGGCCUGCAUAAUCUGGGAAUCAAAGGGCCCAACGUGAGCAAAUUUCUGCGGCUCCCAGUGACUUCAGUGGAGGACAGUUAUGCUCUGGACAUCCGGCAUGACUCUAUAAUGUGGAUUAAUGACAUUGAGAAGGACUCCACCUAUCAGAGUUGGCCCUUUAGCCUGCAGGAGCUCCUCAGAGCCACGUUUCCUGGUGUGAUUCGACAGAUCAGACGGAACUUCUUCAAUUUAAUUAUGUUUCUUGACCCAGCUCAGGAAGACAGCGCUGAGCUGGUCAAACUAGCCGAGCUCUUUUACAAGCACAAGAUUCCUCUCAGGAUUGGAUUUGUGUUUGUAGUUAAUACAGAUGAAAAAGUGGAUGGAUAUGGGGAUGCUGGUGUUGCUUUCUUCAGAGUGCUAAAUUACAUAACAGAAGAGUAUGACAUAACACAGGCUUUCUUAUCCAUGAUAUCUAUGUAUAACAAAGUCGAUGUUGGAGAUUCCUUAUCAGUUGAUGCAGUGACUGCGUAUCUCAAAAAGAAAUUUCCAAAAGCUAAUGCUGCCAAAAUUCUUGGGGUGGACUCCAGCUAUGAUGACCAAAGAAAGGCCGGUGGAGUGUUCUACAGGAAGACAGGGCUGGGCACUCUUCCUGUGGCUCUGUUUAAUGGGAUUCCACUCAGCCCUGAAGAGAUGGACCCAGAUGAGCUGGAGACGCUCCUGCUCCAGCGCAUCAUGGAUGCCACCAGCUUCUUCCAGAGGGCUGUUUUCAUGGGUCAGAUUUCUGACAGCAUGGAUGUGGUGGACUUCCUGAUGGAGCAGGCUAAUGUCGUGCCACGCAUCAACCCUCUAAUCCUGAGUGCUGACAGGAGGUAUCUGGACUUCACUGCAUCUCCAGUUGCAGAUGACUGGAAUGACUCGACAAUGUUCUCAUUUCUGGAUGCUAAGGACAAGACAGCUGUUGUUUCCAAGCGUAUGAAGUAUUUAACCAAGCAUGAAGGGGAGAUGGUUUACGGAGUGACCAUUUGGAUUAUUGCAGACUUGGAGCAGGCCCGAGGGAGGAAGGCGCUGCUUGGUGCGCUGAAGCAUAUGAAGUCCAGUAGUUCCAGUAGUCGUGUUGCGGUUAUUAGUAACCCAGGUGCCAAGCCCACAGAAGACAACAGCAAAUUCUACAGGGCCAUAUGGGCUUCCCUCCUCACCCAGAGCAGCAAGAACACCCUCGACUUCACCCUCAAGCUCCUCAAGGAAGAGACCGUACAGCUCCUCACACAGGGCACCAAAAUUAAAGAUCUGCUUUUACAGGGCAUGGAUCAAGAUGCUUUUGAGAAGAAGUUCAACACACUGGAGGUAGACUUCCUGCGUAGCCAGCACCUGUUCUGUCAGGAGGUUUUGAAGCUAAAAGCAGGCCAAAGGGGUGUGGUUAGCAAUGGCCGGAUCCUAGGGCCAUUUGAGGAAGGGGAGGAGUUUAGUACAGAUGAUUUCCACUUACUGGAGAAGAUCACGCUCAGCACCACGGCAGACAAAAUACGAGCUAAAGUCAAGCAAAUGAACCUGCCUCCUAAAAAGGCAGCCGAUCUCAUUAUGAAGGUGGACGCACUCCUCUCAGCUGCUCCCAAAGACGAGGCCCGGAAGGACGUUCAGUUCGCGAAGGACAAGUUCAGCGUUUUGCAUCUUGCUCCUCGGGAAGACGAGGUCUUCUAUGAUGUGGUUGCCAUUGUGGACCCGCUUACAAGAGAUGCACAGAAGUUGGCUCCGUUAUUAAUUGUGCUUGGUCGAGUGGUCAAUGUGAGAGUGCAAGUUUUCAUGAACUGCCGAGCCAAGCUGUCUGAAACACCCCUAAAGAGCUUCUACCGUUUUGUCAUGGAGGCUGAGAUAUCCAUCCUGGGCAAUGACACCCUCUCUCCAGGCCCUGUGGCUCGCUUCACAGAGAUCCCAGAGUCACCUCUGCUCACUCUAAACAUGAUCACACCAGAGAGCUGGAUGGUUGAAGCUGUCCGGAGCCCCCAUGACCUUGACAACAUCCACCUACAGGAGGUGAACGGUGUGGUGAAUGCAGAGUAUGAGCUGGAGUACCUGCUGUUGGAGGGGCACUGUUUCGACCUGUCCACAGGACAGCCCCCCCGUGGCCUGCAGUUCACCUUGGGCAUGAGGCAGCAGCCCCUCAUGCAGGACACUAUCGUCAUGGCCAACCUGGGUUACUUCCAGCUGAAGGCCAACCCAGGUGCCUGGACCCUAAGGCUGCGUAAGGGUCGCUCUGAGGACAUCUACCAGAUCCAGGCGCACGACGGCACGGACUCGCCCGCAGACGCUGGAGACAUUCUAGUGGUCCUUAACAGCUUCCACAGCAAGAUCAUCAAAGUCCGAGUCCAGAAAAAGCCCGACCAAGUGAACGAAGACCUUCUAAGCGAAGCCACAGAAAACAAGGGCCUGUGGGAAUCCAUCACAAGUGUGUGGAGUUCUUUGGAGAAAAGUCUAACAGGCAGUUCCAGUGCGGAGGAAGGAGAUUCGAAGAAAGAAGACGUGCUUAACAUCUUCUCAGUGGCCUCUGGACAUCUAUAUGAGCGCUUCCUGAGAAUAAUGAUGCUCUCUGUCCUCCAGCACACCAAAACACCCGUCAAGUUUUGGUUCCUGAAAAACUACCUCUCUCCCUCCUUUAAGGAGUCCAUUCCCCACAUGGCCGAAGCGUAUAGUUUCCAGUACGAGCUGGUUCAGUAUAAGUGGCCGCGCUGGCUGCACCAGCAGAUGGAGAAGCAGCGCAUUAUCUGGGGCUACAAGAUCCUCUUCCUGGACGUGCUCUUCCCACUGGCCGUAGAUAAGAUCAUCUUCGUGGACGCUGAUCAGAUAGUCAGGGCAGAUCUGAAGGAGCUGAGGGACUUGGACCUGGAAGGCGCCCCCUAUGGGUACACACCAUUCUGCGACAGCCGAAGAGAAAUGGAAGGUUACCGUUUCUGGAAGACCGGUUACUGGGCUUCACAUCUGGGUCAUAGGAAAUACCAUAUCAGUGCGCUGUACGUGGUGGACCUGAAGAAGUUCAGAAAGAUUGCAGCAGGAGACCGUCUUCGCGGCCAGUACCAAGCCUUAAGUCAAGACCCCAACAGUCUUUCCAACCUCGACCAGGACCUACCCAACAACAUGAUCCAUCAAGUAGCCAUCAAGUCCCUGCCUCAGGACUGGCUGUGGUGUGAGACAUGGUGCGAUGACGCGUCCAAGGCUACCGCCAGGACAAUCGACCUGUGUAACAACCCCAAGACCAAAGAGCCCAAGCUGAGCGCGGCCGCGCGCAUUGUGCCUGAGUGGACCGCGUACGACGGCGAGAUCAAGCGUCUCCUCAGACAGCUGCAGGCAGGGAAGGAGGGUUUGGCUGGCUCGCCAGCACAGCAUGCUGGCCAUCAGCGAGAUGAACUUUAGCGCCUGUCAGAGAGGAGAGGAGAGUGUGUUCCGUGAAUCCUUUCGUGGAGGCUGAUGUCUACAGCUACACAGAACCAGUGUUGCACUGUACCUCAGCUCUGCCAGGACUGCGAGGAGAGAUGAACACUAAGAGACAUGCCUUCGUGCCAUUUUCUAUUUAUGAGUGUCGGUCAACAGAGUCUGUAUUUUAAAGGAAUGAUCGAUAUUUUUCCAGCAUCAACAUAUGAUAAAAGGGAGUGUUACACUGGGGUGGUACUUCAAGAAUGAUGCAAGGUGACGAUAUGUAAAGGCAAAGACGACCAAUACUUUUUUGUUUUCUAUAAUAAAGAAUUCCACUGC